GACGUCGACGAGCAGCGAACGAGUUCGAGUGCAAAGUAGCAGUAUUUAGUGCCGCUAAAUUUUCAUUAUCUUUUAAAAGGCUAACUUAUAACCGAAUUUAACAUUUUUGUAAAAUAAUACAGGGAAUUAAAUAAUAUUUAUAUAAAUUUAUAUGUGUUUUUGUGGACAAAGCGUAGUGAUCGAGUUGAAAGAAUUGUUGUAAAUGGAUGUAUGUUUUGUAAGACCGAAAGGUGAACCUGAGAAUUUGAAUCAAUUCUAAGAAGUAACUUGAAAAUCUUUGUUAAAAAGUAUUAUAAAAUAACAGUGAUUACAUUGAUUUGCUGCCAGCUUUAUGGCAUACAACUAAUUGUGCCGCUGCGUAUUUAGAAAUCAUUAUUUUGCUCAUUCAAUCAUUUUGUUUUUCUUGUUUUCUCAUUUUCACUGCGACUUCAACAGAAUAAGGUUCACUUAAAAGAAUAAAUAAAUAAAGUGAAAAGUGCUAAGUAAUAGCAGACAAAAGUAAAAAAUUGAAAAGCGAACGAAAAAGCGACCGAACGAACGAAGCAAAAAUUUGCAUUGUUGUUCUGCUCGUGAUUUACCUGAAGAAUCAGUAAAAUCUUAAAGAAAUAAUUAAAAUAACGAUAGCAACUAGUCACGCACUGUGAACCUAAAACAGCAAUAAGAGAAGCAGUCAACCACAUCUUUAGCUUGAUUGCAUCGCUGUUGCAGUGAAAAUUCGUUAGUGUGUUAAAAGUGUUGCAGCAGCAAAAUGACGCAAGUUUUGCCAAUACGCUUCCAGGAGCAUUUACAGCUCACAAAUGUCGGCAUCAAUCUCAAUUCGAUUUCGUUCAGCACUCUCACCAUGGAGUCUGACAAAUUCAUUUGUGUGCGUGAAAAGGUCAACGAUACCGCACAAGUGGUCAUUAUCGACAUGAACGAUGUCAGCAAUCCGACCCGGCGUCCCAUCUCUGCCGACUCGGCAAUCAUGAAUCCAGCCAGCAAAGUCAUUGCGCUCAAAGCUCAGAAAACCUUGCAAAUUUUCAAUAUUGAAAUGAAAUCGAAAAUGAAGGCGCACACAAUGACCGAGGAUGUUGUAUUUUGGAAGUGGAUUUCUUUGAAUACGUUGGCGCUGGUCACCGAAACCUCCGUCUAUCACUGGUCCAUGGAGGGCGAUUCGACGCCGCAGAAAAUGUUUGAUCGUCAUUCGUCGUUGAAUGGUUGUCAAAUUAUCAAUUACCGUUGUAAUCCAUCUCAACAGUGGUUGUUGUUGGUGGGCAUUUCGGCAUUACCGAAUCGUGUUGCAGGCGCUAUGCAGCUGUAUUCGGUGGAGCGCAAGGUGUCGCAAGCUAUUGAAGGUCACGCUGCCUCAUUCGCCAGCUUUAAGAUGGAGGGCAACAAAGAACCCUCAACGCUAUUCUGCUUCGCUGUGCGCACCGCUAGCGGUGGAAAGUUGCACAUUAUUGAAGUAGGAGCUCCACCAGCGGGCAAUCAGCCUUUCCCGAAGAAGUCGGUGGAUGUGUUUUUCCCACCAGAGGCACAAAGCGAUUUUCCCGUCGCCAUGCAAGUUUCCGCCAAAUAUGAUACCAUUUAUUUGAUCACCAAAUAUGGUUAUAUCCAUCUGUAUGACAUGGAAACGGCUACGUGCAUCUACAUGAAUCGUAUCUCAGCGGAUACGAUUUUUGUGACGGCUCCGCACGAGGCCAGUGGCGGCAUAAUCGGCGUAAAUCGCAAGGGUCAAGUGCUUUCGGUGACCGUUGAUGAGGAACAAAUCAUACCUUACAUUAAUACCGUAUUGCAGAACCCGGAUUUGGCAUUGCGCAUGGCCGUCCGUAAUAACCUCUCUGGCGCUGAAGAUCUGUUUGUGCGCAAAUUCAAUAAGCUUUUCACAGCUGGCCAAUAUGCGGAAGCAGCCAAGGUUGCUGCACUGGCACCAAAGGGUAUAUUGCGUACACCACAAACCAUACAACGUUUCCAGCAGGUGCAGUCGCCCGCUGGCUCAACGACGCCACCAUUAUUGCAAUACUUUGGCAUACUGCUGGAUCAAGGCAAGCUCAACAAAUAUGAAUCGUUGGAGUUGUGCCGACCGGUGCUGGUGCAGGGUAAGAAGCAACUGUGCGAGAAGUGGCUGAAAGAGGAGAAGCUCGAAUGCAGCGAGGAACUGGGUGAUUUGGUGAAGACAUCUGAUUUAACGUUGGCGCUUUCGAUUUACCUGCGUGCUAAUGUGCCCAAUAAGGUAAUACAAUGUUUCGCUGAGACGGGUCAAUUCCAAAAGAUCGUGCUGUAUGCUAAAAAGGUCAACUACACGCCCGAUUAUAUUUUCCUCUUGCGUUCAGUAAUGCGCACCAACCCAGAGCAGGGUGCUGGUUUCGCUUCAAUGUUGGUGGCCGAAGAGGAGGAGCCACUCGCGGACAUAAACCAAAUUGUGGAUAUCUUUAUGGAGCAUUCAAUGGUGCAACAGUGUACUGCCUUCCUCCUGGAUGCACUCAAGCACAAUCGCCCCAACGAAGGUGCUUUGCAGACGCGUUUACUUGAAAUGAAUUUGAUUUCAGCGCCGCAGGUGGCUGAUGCCAUACUUGGCAACGCCAUGUUCACGCACUACGAUCGUGCGCACAUCGCCCAGCUGUGCGAGAAGGCGGGUCUACUGCAGCGUGCACUGGAACACUACACCGACUUGUACGACAUCAAACGCGCAGUUGUGCAUACGCAUUUGUUGAAUGCCGAUUGGUUGGUCAGCUACUUUGGCACGCUGUCCGUCGAGGAUUCGCUGGAAUGCUUGAAAGCUAUGCUGACGGCGAAUAUUCGCCAAAAUUUGCAGAUCUGCGUGCAAAUCGCCACAAAAUAUCACGAACAAUUGACCACCAAAGCGCUGAUCGAUCUCUUUGAGAGUUUCAAAUCUUACGAGGGUCUCUUCUACUUCCUCGGCUCGAUCGUUAACUAUUCACAGGAUCCGGAAGUGCAUUUCAAGUAUAUACAGGCCGCUUGCAAAACGAAUCAAAUCAAAGAAGUGGAGCGCAUCUGUCGCGAAUCUAACUGCUACAAUGCCGAGCGCGUUAAGAACUUCCUGAAGGAGGCCAAACUCACGGAUCAAUUGCCGCUGAUCAUUGUUUGCGAUCGUUUUGAUUUCGUGCACGAUUUGGUGCUCUACUUGUACCGCAACAAUCUGCAGAAAUAUAUUGAGAUUUAUGUGCAAAAGGUGAAUCCGUCACGUUUGCCCGUCGUCGUAGGUGGCCUCUUGGAUGUCGAUUGCUCCGAGGAUAUUAUCAAAAAUUUGAUACUUGUCGUAAAGGGCCAGUUCUCGACCGAUGAGCUAGUGGCCGAGGUGGAAAAACGCAAUCGUUUGAAAUUGCUGUUGCCAUGGUUGGAGUCGCGCGUGCAUGACGGUUGUGUCGAGCCUGCUACCCACAAUGCCUUGGCCAAGAUCUAUAUCGAUUCGAAUAACAAUCCCGAACGUUUCCUUAAGGAGAACCAAUACUACGAUAGUCGUGUUGUCGGUCGCUAUUGUGAGAAGCGCGAUCCCCAUUUGGCUUGUGUUGCCUACGAACGUGGUCAAUGCGAUCGCGAGUUGAUCGCUGUUUGCAAUGAGAAUUCACUGUUCAAGAGUGAGGCGCGUUAUUUGGUGCGUCGUCGCGAUCCCGCACUCUGGGUGGAGGUAUUAUCCGAGUCAAAUCCCUAUAAGCGCCAACUGAUCGACCAAGUCGUACAGACAGCGCUCUCCGAAACUCAGGAUCCAGAUGAUAUCUCGGUGACGGUGAAGGCCUUCAUGACUGCCGAUCUGCCCAAUGAAUUGAUUGAAUUGCUCGAGAAAAUCAUUCUCGAUUCGUCUGUGUUCUCCGAUCAUCGCAACUUGCAGAACCUGUUGAUCUUGACCGCAAUCAAGGCGGAUCGCACACGCGUUAUGGACUACAUCAAUCGCCUGGAUAACUACGAUGCACCCGAUAUAGCGAACAUAGCUAUUUCGAAUCAACUGUACGAGGAAGCAUUCGCCAUCUUUAAGAAGUUUGACGUGAACACCUCCGCUAUACAAGUGCUCAUUGAGCAGGUGAAUAAUUUGGAGCGCGCCAACGAGUUUGCUGAACGGUGCAAUGAGCCAGCCGUUUGGUCACAACUAGCAAAAGCUCAGUUGCAACAGGGACUUGUCAAGGAGGCCAUUGACUCGUACAUCAAAGCGGACGAUCCGAGCGCGUACAUGGAUGUGGUCGGUGUCGCCUCGAAGGCUGACUCAUGGGACGACCUGGUGCGUUAUUUACAGAUGGCACGCAAAAAGGCGCGCGAGUCGUAUAUCGAAAGCGAACUGAUCUAUGCCUACGCACGCACCGGCCGUCUUGCCGAUCUCGAAGAAUUUAUCUCCGGACCGAAUCAUGCGGACAUACAGAAGAUUGGCGAUCGCUGCUUCAACGAUGGCAUGUACGAUGCAGCUAAAUUGUUAUAUAAUAACGUGAGCAACUUUGCGCGGCUAGCCAUCACAUUGGUGUACUUGAAGGAGUUCCAGGGCGCCGUAGACUCGGCACGCAAAGCCAAUUCGACACGUACUUGGAAGGAGGUUUGCUUCGCUUGCGUCGAUGCCGAAGAAUUCCGUCUAGCGCAAAUGUGUGGCCUGCACAUCGUCGUGCACGCCGACGAAUUAGAAGAUCUAAUUAAUUAUUAUCAAGAUCGUGGUUACUUUGAAGAGCUCAUUGCGCUGUUGGAGUCCGCUUUGGGAUUGGAACGCGCACACAUGGGCAUGUUCACCGAACUGGCUAUACUCUACUCAAAAUUCAAGCCGUCUAAGAUGCGUGAGCAUCUAGAGCUUUUCUGGUCGCGCGUCAACAUACCAAAAGUGUUGCGCGCUGCCGAAUCGGCUCACCUUUGGUCCGAACUGGUAUUCCUCUACGACAAGUAUGAAGAGUACGAUAAUGCAGUGCUUGCCAUGAUGGCACAUCCGACGGAGGCUUGGCGUGAGGGUCACUUUAAGGACAUCAUCACCAAAGUGGCCAAUAUCGAACUCUACUACAAAGCUAUACAAUUCUAUUUGGAUUAUAAACCGUUAUUGUUGAACGAUAUGUUAUUAGUAUUGGCACCACGUAUGGAUCAUACACGUGCUGUGAGCUUUUUCUCGAAGACCGGUCACUUGCAAUUGGUGAAACCAUAUUUACGUUCGGUGCAAUCGCUCAAUAAUAAAGCGAUCAACGAGGCGCUGAACGGGCUGCUCAUUGAAGAGGAAGAUUAUCAGGGUCUGCGUAAUUCCAUCGAUGGAUUCGAUAACUUCGACACAAUCGCACUGGCACAAAAGUUGGAAAAGCACGAGUUAACCGAAUUCCGACGCAUUGCUGCCUAUUUGUACAAAGGCAACAACCGCUGGAAGCAGAGCGUCGAAUUGUGCAAAAAGGACAAACUCUACAAGGACGCAAUGGAGUAUGCGGCCGAAUCGGGCAAACAGGAAAUUGCCGAAGAGCUUUUGGGCUGGUUCCUUGAACGCAACGCUCACGACUGCUUUGCUGCCUGCCUAUUCCAAUGUUACGAUUUGCUGCGGCCUGAUGUUAUACUGGAGUUGGCAUGGAAACACAACAUUAUGGACUUUGCCAUGCCGUAUUUGAUACAAGUAAUACGCGAAUACACCUCAAAAGUGGAUAAACUGGAGCAAACCGAAGCGCAACGCGAAAAGGAGGACGAAACAGUCGAACAUAAGAACAUCAUCACAAUGGAGCCACAAUUGAUGAUAACCGCGGGUCCGGCCAUGGGCAUACCACCACAAUAUGCGCAGAACUAUGCGGCGGCGCCUGGCUAUGCGCCAAACAUGGCAUAUCCUGGCUAUGGAAUGUAGGCAACAACUACAAUCACACACACCACCACACAACAUUAUUAAGAGCGAAAUUUAAGAACUACAAAAACAACAUAUGUAACAUGAAAAUUGCGAACACUACCGAUUGCGUUGGAAAACACACACACGCACAGACAGACUCAAGAAAAAUGCAACGUAUAUAUAAAAAAAUAUUUAAAUUUCGUGCAUAAGAGAAUAUAAAGCAGAAAAAAAGAAAAAUUAUAAAAUUUAAAUUAAAAAACCACAAACGCGAAAUCAAAAUGUCCCAUGUAAAAGUAACUGUAGUUACAGCAGCAUUAAAAUUGGAACGCAAAAACGAAACACUACAUUACAUAAAUGCAUAUGUCAGGCGUGUGUGUUGCGCAUACACAUAUAUUUUUGGCAUAUAAUAAACUACUAUAUACAACUAUACAUAAAUGUAUUACAAGUAUAGUAUAUAUAAUAAUUAUUACACAUAUACAUUACCAUUAUUACAAUUACCAAUUAAAAUUAUAAUUACAA